AUGCAUGAGCAAAAGGAAGAAAAAGAAGACAAUGGAGAAACUACGGAAAGCAAUGAAGAAAUUGAAACUCGACAACAAAAAAAUGCUGCGAAGAAAGCUCGACAGUUCAAUUUCGAGACGAUGUUCAUGGAAGCGAGGCAAGGCGCGUUCACGCGAACAGCUGAAACGUCUAAUGAAGAAAGUGAUAAAGAAACAACCGACGAUAGAGAAAGUUCUUGUGGAGGACAAUUCGAAUCAAGUGGAGAAGCUCACCAUGCUUUUGACGAAUCAGUUGGCUGUUCAUUAUCAAUGAAAUUAGCUAAAGCUUCAGUUGGAGAAAACGAUGAUGAUGAUUUCGGAGAAUUUUCUGUCCCUUUACCUGAGGGCUUCGUGCCAGAUAAAGAAAUGUUCGAGGAAAAAAAGCUCAACGAUGAUGAUGAAUUCGAUGAUUUGGAUGAAGGAAUUCCUGUCGUCGAUCUAAUACCUGCUGCUUCCGAAGCACAGCUACGUCAUGGAAAGAAACCAGUGUCGGCACUGACAUUUGAUCACCAAGGUACAAAAUUUGCUAGUGGCGGAUAUGAUUACAUCGUGAAUUUAUUUGAAUUUCAAAAAAUGGAUUUAAGUUUACGAUCUUCACGUGAACUAAUGCCUUGCGAAAGUCAUAUCAUCAACGGACUAGCGUUUAGUUCGAACGGUGAAAAAUUGCUACUUGCUAGCGGUCAUGCGCAAAUUCGUAUCUUAGAUCGGCAGGGCAAACAAUGGGCUGAAACUAUUCGUGGUGAUCAGUAUUUGGUUGAUUUAUCUAAUACCAAGGGACACACAGGAUCUGUCAACGCUUGCUGUUGGCAUCCAGUUACGAAAACAGAAUUCUUAUCCUGCGCUAAUGAUGGAACGUUACGGAUUUGGUCUACGGAUGAUUACAAAGAAAUCACACACUGUAUCAAUAAGCAGCGUAAAGUAAUCAAGACAAAAAAUGCUAUUGGCAAAAGAGCUAUACCAACAACAUGUUGUUACUCUCGAGAUGGAAAAUAUAUUGCAGCCGGUUGUGAUGAUGGGUCUAUACAAAUAUGGAAACAUGGAAAUCUUUAUGUUAAUACCGCAUAUUUGAAUAGAACUGCUCACACCGCACCGAUUACUUCGUUGCAGUUCUCGCCAAACAGUAAAGAAAUCCUCUCAAGAUCGCUUGAUGGCACUCUGAAAUUAUGGCAACUUGAAACAUUUAAUAAGCCGUGUCAUGUUGUGGAGAAUUUGAAAAAUGAAUUCAUAAGCACGGAUUGCGGUUUUGCCCCUCACGGUGAAAUGGUCUAUACUGGUACUUCAUUUGAUGAUGAGAAUGGAUCCGAUGGAACGCUCGCUUUUUUUGAUUCGGAAUCCUUCGAUCUUGUUUAUCGAAUCACGUACCCGAAAUUAAGUUGUAUCAGGAUCUGUUGGCAGCCCAAAAUUAACCAAAUCCUUGUUGGUUUGAGUGAUGGUUCACUUCGAUUAUAUUAUGAUCCUAUAAAUAGUUUAAGAGGUGCCUUGCUUUGUGUUUCACGACCACUGAGAAGGACUCGUCAGCAGGAAGUAAUUCGCGAAGAAUUAGUGCUUUCACCACUAACCUUGGAAAUGUUCCAACCGAGAGGUGAAGAAGCUGAGGAGAAAGAAGUUACAACUUGGCGACUGAAGAAAUAUUUGCGCAUGAUGGACAACAAAUUACGCCCCGAUUUCCGAAAGCCUGCUGAUAUGCCAAUGAGUGGACCAAGUUCGGGUGGUCGGGUAGCUGCUUCAGGUGGAACAUUGCAUUCUUACAUCGCUAAACAAGUAGGUACAAAAAGGAACCGUGAUUUCCUUGCCGAUACCGACGUGCGUGCUUCUAUAUUACGUCACGCUGAAGAGGCAGAGCAAAAUCCAUACUACGUCACGAAAGCAUACCUCAAAAAUCAGCCAGUAACAAUUUUUCAAGAGAAGACAACCGCACCAGAAGAGGAAGAAGCUGAUGCAGAACUGGAGCCGUUGUACAAGAUUCCCAAAAAAUAA